AAUGUACAUAAAUUAUUGAAUUAUUUCCAAAGCAGCCUCCGCCAAAUUACCGUUUUAACCCCGGAUGUCUGCCCAAAAGCUAACGAAAUGGUUACCUUCCGCCUUGAAAAAGUUUCGAACUAACAGACGACAAAUAGAUGUUACGGGUCACAAUGUGCUUGGUAUUGAAGACCUGAUGCAACGGCAGAAGCCCGGCAAAAUCCACAUAGAGCCAAUGGCAAUAGAGCACCAUGACCAAGCUGUGCAAAUACUAAAAGUGCACUACCUGAGUGAGCAUGUGCUCAUUCGUGCUCAUGGCACGGACGUUAUGACAGACAACGCUCUGGAUGAAUAUAUCUACAGUCUUCUUAAGCAGGGCAACACAUUAUGUGCGAAGUCCUACGACGGGAACCCGGUGGGCAUUUGUGUGAACAUCGCCAGCGGCCCUGCGGACUCUAAGUUUCUGAGAGACUAUGCUAAUCACAGACAGGAUCCGUAUACGAAAGAUUUUUUGAACUUCAUUGCCAAAUUACAGGAGACUCCUAAUCUCUGGGACGUGUUUAAGGUCCCUAAAAUAUUUGAGAUCAAAAUGCUAACCGUUAUCCCUGAAUAUCGACGGCGCGGUCUAGCCACGAUGCUCGCGGAGAGCGCUAACGAGAUGGCCGAGACGCAGGGCUACGACGUCGUAAGGAUGGACUGCAUAAACCCCCAUGAUUUCAAGAUAGCGGAGCGCCUCCUAUUCCACUGCAUGGCGAGGUUCCCGCUAAAGGCGCUGUGUGCACGCAACCUUAUCGGAAACGGAGAUCAUUACACACCCGUCGGCUACGUGCGCGUGUACGUCGGCGCGCGAACCCGCGACCAUCCGGACGCCGAGCUCAGGCAGAAACGCAGGGAGCUGGAGAGCCUCAUCGAGUAACGGCUCAUUUAGAUGAUGAUACAUAACUCGCUUAACCCUUUGACAUUAUUUACUGGCUUCGAGCAACACCGGCUUCCGACACGUCGGAAGGGAGGGGCCCAAGCGGUAUCUUACCGUACAAAUCUUUCUGCCAUUUAUUGCGGGGGGAAAGGUGCACACAAUCUCACUUCUCACACACUUACAUACAAAAUCCAAUCUGUAAUGACGACACAAAUACAUAGAAAAUGACACACGUCAAAGAAAAAUCUUGCAAACCUCGAACUCUUUUUGUGUACGGACGAGUCACAAGUGUCACAACACGCACACUAACACAUUUUCGUCGAAGAAUUUUAAUGUAUUCUGAAAGAUGAGAAGUUGGAUUUGUCGCUCGACCGAUCCGAAAUUUGUACUGGGCGAGCAAAAUCGAUAAAUCCAACAAUUACAUGACACUAAAAUAUAAUAAUUGUGUUUAAAUGUAAUUAAACGUAUGAUACCUUUGUAAAAAAAAAUAUUACAUGUGAAAUGUAACACCUUCUUUUUGUAAUUUGAUGUCCCCGACUUCUUUUUACAACAAAAAACCGAGCAAUUUGGCAUUUUUUCUGCUGCUGCUGUGUUCACGCGCGCGUCUGGAUUCGGUCUAGUGUAAAAUCCGAGCGCAACUAGUUUUAUUACCCGCGCUAGAUCAGUUGAUCUUGUACCUAGGCAGAGGGGAAAUAGUGCGAAUGCCGCCUCCCUUCCGUGUUGCUCGAAGUUUUCUAGUCAUUCGAUUUCAAACUGUAAUUCUUAUACUAGAGAUGCGUUUUUGUUUUAAGUAUAAUGACAAGUAUAUGUUGCCGCUACGGACUAAAGGCCUG